CGCUGAACUCUAAAUUCUAAACCAUAAAUCAUAACUAGUAAUAAUUAGUAUUUCAUCGUCAGUCAUGGCUAACGUCAAGCUCAUUUCCCUCCUCCUCGUAGCUUCCUUCGCCAUCAUCAUCCAAACCGCCAUCUCCGGCGACCCCGACAUCCUCACCGACUUCAUCGCCCCUCCAAACGCCACCGUCGACGGCUCGUUCUUCACCUUCACCGGCUUCGGCUUCCUGGUCAACGGGACCCAGCUCCCGGCCGACAAGUUCAAAGUAGUGAAGGCCACCAUGGCCGAGUUCCCGGCCCUCAACGGCCAGAGCGUCUCCUACGCCACGCUCCUCUUCCCCAACGGGACCGCCAACCCUCCCCACACCCACCCACGCGCCGCCGAGCUCCUCUUCGUCGUCGACGGCGAGCUCCAGGUCGGGUUUGUCGACACCACCGGCAAGCUCUACACCCAGGCGCUCCACGUCGGCGACAUGUUCGUCUUCCCCAAGGGGCUCGUCCACUUCCAGUACAACGCCGGGACGAGCUACGCCAUCGCGCUGUCGGCUUUCGGGAGUGCCAGCGCCGGCACGGUGUCGCUUCCCGGCACGCUGUUCGCCACCGGCAUAGACGACGCCGUCCUGGCUAAGUCGUUCAAGACGGAUGUUGGUGUCAUUCAGAAGCUCAAGGCUGGCCUUGCCGUGAAGCCCUAAUUAGUAAAGGAUUAAUGAUAUA